GUAACAGUUGUAACAUCCAAUGGUCAUGGGUAUUGGGUGAUGCUAGCUAGCUUGUCCGUUCUCCGGUGUAAAAGGUAUAAAAUAGUUUUGUUUGAAGACAACCAAAUGAUAAAAGUGGAGGAAUUCUUUUAUUUUACAAUACUGCAGAAGCCACGGAAAAUAGUCAAGUAAGAAGUGAUUUAAAUACUUGAAUCGAGUGGUCGACUCGUCAAUCCAAAUGGAUAAAUUCAUAUAUCAAAAUCUGCAAACUCUUAUCGCCAGUCAGCCUCAGUUCUCCCAGGGUCAAAAUGUCAGAUCUUUAUUUUCCGAGGCUGAUUUAAAUUAUCAAAACAACGCUUUAACGAGUCGCGAAUCGGCCUUUGAUGGUGCAGGAGGAUAUUUGGGAAAUGCAUUUCCUAAUUUUAAUCGGGGACAGAGCACUGAGAAUCUACAACCCAGAUAUAAGAAUGUAGAUCGUUUUUCCGAUUCUUCUUUUCGCCAGAAUACUAUUGGAAUCGGCCGGUCUUACGCCUUGGGUACUAACAACCCCCAGGGCAAUGAAUACGUUAACUUAGGAGGCCAAAAUGCCACCUGUGACGAAGUGAUCCGGAAGCGAUUUAUAGAUCAAGGCGUGUCUGGCAGCAAGUCGUAUAGAGGUCAAGAAAGUGCUCUUCCACAAAGUCAGGCCAAAAUGGCUUUACUCCCUACUCCAACCAUAGGAGUAGUUAACGCGCAUUAUCAAGGGAAUCAUGCCGUUAAUCAACCUGGAUUUUCGCAGCAAAUAGAUCAACUGAGUCGCCAUACCGGAGAGGAAGGAGGUUCUAUGACCGACCAUGAUAUGAGAAGGUACCAAGACGUCGAUUUAAGGUUGAUCAGCGAGAGCAGUUUUUCAGGAGAGCAUUUGGAAAAUAGUCGAGAUUACCCACAUAAUUUCAGAAGCCAGUCAGAUCAUAUCGACGAAUUCAACGCUCAAAAAAGAAGAAGGAUGUGUGAAGAAAAUUUUGUUGCAAACACAAGAAGCCCGUUGGAUUAUGGCAGACAAGAAGCCAAAUCGAGAAAACAAGACAGAUUUGAAAGGAAUUUAAGUCCUGAACGUUUUGAAAGAGAAGUGUAUUCGGAUCAAGAUAGGGACAGAGAACCUGCAUGGGACAGGACAAUAAUCCCCGAUAAAUUCUAUAUAGACGAUAGAAAACGAGACAGAUUCGAUGAUGAAAGUCCUGUUAGAUUUGAUGCGCGUCGAGAUAGAUCGAGAAGCCCUCAAAGAUUUGAUAGAGAGAGAACUGUCGGUCAAGACGGAUUCUACGGAAUCGGAACGAGAUCUGACGAAUAUGCGACUAGUAGAAAACAAGACGAUUUUAAAAGGCGUGUCCUAAUUAGAACAAGUCCCGAUAGCUACGAUAUGGAUCAAGACAGAUUUGACAGAGGAUUGAAGAGACCAAGAAGCCCUGAAAGAUAUGGAGACAGAAGUCGGGAAAGAUUCACUAGAGGAAGUAGAUCGGGUAGAAGUCCUGUCAGAUUUGACAGAGAAGAGAUGAAUAGAAAUCCAGAUAGAUUCGAUAGAGGAAAUAGACUCGGUAGAAGUCCUGUCAGAUUUGAAAGAGAAGAGAUGAAUAGAAAUCAAGAUAGAUUCGAUAGGGGAAAUAGAUUCGGUAGAAGUCCUGUCAGAUUUGAAAGAGAAGAGAUGAAUAGAAAUCAAGACAGAUUCGAUAGGGGAAAUAGAUUUGGUAGAAGUCCUGUUAGAUUUGAAAGAGAAGAAAUUAAUAGAAAUCAAGAUAGAUUUGAAAGAGGAAAUAGAGCCAGUAGAAGUCCUGUUAGAUUUGAAAGAAAAGAAAUUAAUAGAAAUCAAGAUAGAUUCGAUAGAGGAAAUAGAACCAGUAGAAGUCCUGUUAGAUUUGACAGAGAAGAGAUGAAUAGAAAUCAAAAAAGAUUUGAUAGAAGAAAUAGAGUAGAUAGACAGGAAAUGCACAUGUCUGGUAGAUUUGGUAGAGAUAAAAUGAAUAGAAAAAGCAGAUUUGAAGAAGAUACAGGAGGUGCCAGAGAAUAUAGAGAUGCCAUAAGAAGUCCUAAUAAACCACGUAUUGAACGGGUUGGAAGUCAAGAAAGAUUCGGUAAGCAGGAAAAAGAAAGAUUUUACCAAAAGAGAGUUGCUGAGAGAGAAGAAAGAAGAAACCAAGACAGACCACAAGGAUGGAACAGAAGCCCUGAGAGGUACACAACCCAGGGCAAAAUGCAGAACGUAAGUCCCGAGAGAACUGCCAGGGUGAUUCGUGAUAGAAAGAAUAAAUGCGACAUAAUGGGUCGACCAGGAAGUCAAAACAUGCGCGGCAUAGACGAUUCAGCAGAUGGCAAAAUGCAGAACCCAGGUCCACUUGUGCCUAUGAUAGAAAGAGGUGAAGGCGCUAAUGGGAGGAGUGAAAUAUUUGCAAAGACAAGUAUGCUAACAUACGGCGAGCCUCCAUGGUUGAAUGCCCCCACAAUGUUGGCGAAUGAAAAUGAUGUGAACAACUUGCUGAAUGCCACAAGAGAUAGCAUUGUGACUUUAAUUGGCUCGAGUACUGGAAUGGGAAUUGUCGGAGGAAGCGUUUUUGCUGAUACAACUGCAAACAAGGUUCAACCUUUUGGUAGAAAAGAGCAACAACAAUUUCUGACAAAUAAAAUUCCCAAAAGCAAAGGAUUAGUCAAGAAGAAGAAAGGGCCUCCGUGCAUUCCUCCAGAGACUAUUUUUUAUGGUGACAUUGUGCCGGAUUCAUACAUCCUCGAUAAAGACAAUAGGGAUAAUGACAACGAAGUGGAGAUAGCCAUUCAUAAUAUCAAUUCCGAAUUUCAAAUCAUCGGGAAGAAAAAGGCAGCCAAAUUCACAAAGUUAGUAGCACAUUCGUUGAACAAUCUGGACAUAACUAAAUUAGACAAUGUCCCCGUUUUUUAUGACGUUACAUGGGACACGGGAAAGCUUAUGAUGUUCGCUAAAAACAGCAAGUCGGUCGAUUGGCUUCAAAAAUGCCUGUCUAAUGAUAAAACCUUAGGAACCAGCUUGAAACUGAUUCCAAAAUAUGGCAUGCAUAAGGCCAAAUUGUUCAUACCGGGUGAUUCGCAUCAAGUAUAUCCGAAUGAACUCUUAGCAAGGUUCAGCAGGCAAAACCCGCAGCUAAAUUGUGCCAUGUGGCACGUUUGGUCAGUUAAACCCUCGAAAAACGGGAUGUCAUGUGUGUUUGAUAUUGAUAAUGAAUCUAAGGCAAUAUUAAAGAGUAAAGAUUAUUACGCAUAUUAUGGAGUAGAAAAAAUAUUUUUUGACUUUAAACCUACCAAAACAACAAAAUUAUCAAAUUAAAAAAAAAUUACAACCUUGUUUUUUUAAAUUAAAUCUAGGAAAUAUUAUUUGGAAUAAUAUGUUUCCUUUAUACCAGAUGCAUUCAAUCAUUUGGAGAGAAAAGAAAUAUUUUUCAUCCUAGGUAGGAGCUAAUUCCAUUUUAUUUAAUAAUUUUUCUCAAAUGAACUAAUAGUCUGUCGGACUUGGAACUUGAUGUAUCUUUUUUUU